CACAUCUAGAGGGGACAGAUAUAAACUAGUCAUCCAGUUAUUAUGGACACAUUACAAUGUAUUAUUAUUUAUUUGUAUCCAUACUAGCAUGCAACAUUUCUUCAGAGAAGCUAUAAGAAUGUGUCAUUUAGCAGUAUCCAUUCUGUAGUUUAUUUGCCAUGCCUCUCUUGAAAAUUGUAUAAAUAAUUUAAUUUUUUCGACAUCUCUGCCUUUUUUGAUAGUCAUCAUAAAGAGGCAGGGGAAAGAGAGAGGAUGACAUGCAGCAAUGGUCCUGGGCUUGGAUUCAAAGUGGCAUGCACUCUACCAGGCUCUACAGAAGAAUCAGGGGCGCACUGACCAGAUGCUGGGAGCCAUGGCCGACAUGCUUACUUCCCUGGCUAUACCCAAUCAACAGUGGCUCACAGAAGCUGGUGAGGCGGACCCCCCACCUAGUGAGGAGGGCAAGGGGACUGUCCCGGGCCAGUGGGAGUCAGCGGGCCUGGACUGGGAGCAGUGCAGCAGCAGCAGCACAGAAAACACAGACCAGAGAGAAAGAACAGACUCAUACUCGGCAGCAGGCAGUGAGGGCAGCAUCUCCACCUCCGUGGCGUCACUGCCGCCCCAGGCAUCAGGCAGCUCGGCUCCCAGCUCCCCAGGCUCCAGACGCUCCGUGAGCACACUGAAGAAGUGGCUUACCAACCCGGUCCGCAAACUCAGCGCCGGGUCCGCUGCCAAGGGUGAGCGGCAGGUCCGCAAACUGGAGGGAAAAGCCCCACCUCUUCCGUCCCACAGCCAGAGCCAGGACCUGGGCAGCCCCUCAGGGCCUGACGAGCCCCUCACUAUCCUGCCCGUCACCCACAGAGAACUGGAGUGGAAAGAUGCCCUGGCGAGUCCCGAGGACCUGUCACCUGCAACGCUACAAUCUCCCAGCUACAUAACUGACUCCCUGAUGGGCUGCACCUCGCUGCCACAUGCCCAGGACGCUCAGUCCGCCAGCAUCCUGCCAGAUGACAGCGGCUCUGUCUUGAUGGACGACACCUCCAGCCAAUCGUCAGCCGCGGCCGACACGGAGGAGGAGAGAAGGAGUGCCUUAGAGAAAAGCAUGUAUGUACUGAAGGAGCUUAUUGAGACAGAGAAGCAUUACGUGGCAGACUUGGGGUUCAUCGUGGAGGGCUACAUGGCCACGAUGAGCUCUAAAGGCGUGCCGGAGGACAUGAAGGGAAAAGACAAGAUCGUUUUUGGGAACAUUCACCAAAUCUUUGACUGGCAUAAAGACUACUUCCUGGGUGAGCUGGAGAAGUGUUUGGCAGAGCCAGAGAGACUGGCUCAGCUCUUCAUUAAACAUGAGCGGCGUCUGCAUAUGUACGUGGUGUACUGUCAGAACAAGCCCAAGUCGGAGCACAUCGUCUCCGAGUACAUCGAGACUUACUUUGAGGAGCUCCGGCAGCAGCUGGGCCACCGGCUGCAGCUCAACGACCUGCUCAUCAAACCUGUCCAGAGGAUCAUGAAGUACCAGCUGCUGCUCAAGGACUUCCUGAAGUAUUACACCAAAGCAGGGAUGGACACAGAGGAGUUGGAGAAAGCGGUAGAGGUGAUGUGCUUUGUGCCAAAACGCUGCAAUGACAUGAUGAAUGUAGGCCGGCUACAAGGCUUUGAGGGGAAGAUCACAGCGCAGGGCAAGCUGCUCCAGCAAGACACCUUCACUGUUACCGAGCAGGACAGCGGCUUCUUGUCCCGAGCCAAGGAGAGACGGGUCUUCCUGUUUGAGCAGCUGGUCAUCUUCAGCGAGCCAAUCGACAGGAAGAAAGGUUUCUCACUUCCUGGCUACACCUUUAAGAACAGCAUCAAGGUGAGCUGCCUGGGGGUGGAGCCCAACGUGGAGGGCGAUGCUGGCCGCUUUGUGCUGACAUCACGCAAUGCCGACGGGAGCGUGGUGCGCUUCCAGCUCCAGGCCUCCUCCCCCGAGAUCGGCAGGGCCUGGGUCAACGAUGUGGUGCAGAUCCUGGAGACCCAGCGCAACUUCCUCAAUGCCUUACAGUCACCUAUUGAGUACCAGCGGCGAGAGAGCAAGUCCAACAGCCUGGGCCGGAGCAUGAGGCCCCCCCUGUCUGCCACCACCGGCCUGCGGCCUCACUCCUCCGCCUCCAUCGACCGCCACAAGCUGCCCUUCCUGCACUCUCACAACACGUCGCUGCCCACGCUGUACCUGCCCAGCCAGAGCCAGGGCCAGGGACCCGGCGAGACGUACCCCCUGCGGGAUCCAACUUCGGUCCAGCCGUGUCCCUCUGACCCCCAGACUGUUUCUCCAUCGCACGUCCAACUGGCCUUUUCUGAUCAGCAUAACUGCCAAGCUGUGUCAAAUGGGCUGUGCAGCCUCCCCACACAACACACACAGCAGAGAGCAGGAGAGGGCUGCCGCAGGGGUCAGGCUGCUGACGCUGCGAGCCAGGCUCCAGCGUCGGGCCCCUGUCCCUCAUCUGGACGGCGCUCCAGCAACCUGACCCAGCUGGCUGAGGACGACCUAUGAACACUGACACUACAUCUGUCUCCUGGGCCAGGAGGACGGCGGCUAACACCACAGUUGUAGAGACAAGAGGACUCAUCUGUUUGUAAUUAUUGUCAGGCAGGACGCUUUCCUGGUUCAGCAAUGACUUCUGGAGGCCAAUGAAGGAACAUGAAGGAAUAUAUGAAGGAAUAAUAAAAUGAAACUAGAAAGUGACUUUGCUCCUGUUUUUAGAGAGCUUUUCCAUGCAAGGUGACGAGCCUUGGUCACCGGCUGUGUAUAUGAACAGCACCUACAGAGAUGUUACUGGGCUGAGAGUAACAACACUCUCUGGACACUGUUACAGCAAUUUCUUCUUUAUACCAUUUUGAGAGUUUGCAUAUCUCACUCUUCUGUCUUUCAAAGGGCAAGGAGAAUUUGUUCACAGAAGAUAAAAAUAUCCAUUCCUGACUGGGGCGGUCACUGGAGUUACGUGUGUGCUUGAAUUUGUAUGUCUGUGCACGUGUAUGUAUGUAUGCGUUUGAGCGUAUGGAGGUGCGCUCUUCUCGUAAACACUCGUAUUAAAGCUCCUCGAUCUGAGGAAGAGCAUUUUGAGCUUUUUUCAGUUUCCUCACACUGCUGGAUUUUUCUGACGCCCCUUUGUGAAGACAAAUACAGCUAUGUUAACACAUUUUUUGAUGUCAUUUCCCUGCUGACAAUUCGCUGUUUGCUGUUUAUGUAGACAAGAAUGGGAACGGCAUACCACUUGAUCUGAGCAUGCCUCAAGGAAUGGACUCACUCAAACUUGAAUUUGAACAGAAAGUGGAGAACUUUCUUUAUUGCCACAGUGUUGAGAGCCCCUUUGCUCUCUUCUCUUCCCUUAUUCUGUUUGACCGAGAUUGGACCUCGUUUGAUCUGGACAAAAAAGGGGUGAGGGGGCCCCCUGGAGGUCCUCCGUGGGUAUGAUGUCACUUCCGAAUACUUCUUUCUCUUUGGGCAACUCCAGUGGAGCUGCUGGUGGUUAGGCAGGUGCAAGAGUUUGUAAUAAUGUGGAGGCAAGACAACAUGGCUAUGUUAAAAAGGGACUGCUGUGCUGACCUGACGUGCUCCCUGCAACAUCUCCUCGGUGAUUGACUGGCAUGAUGCUACUUCACACAGAUCUUUGUUUCUAGGCCAAAAUGGGUUGCUUGUGGUUUGAGGACCCAAACGUUCAAGGAGAAAAAUGCAUUUGUUUCAACUAAUAUGAAAUAUAAUUGUUUUGUUACUCAGUUCCAAUGUUGUCAUGUCACGGCGGUGCACCAUUUCAAUAUUCUCUGUCAGCUUUUUGCCCAUAUACACUUCAUACUGUACAGUACUUUCAGUAAUGCCAAGCUUUCAUGUUUCUCCACCUAUACGAUGAAGAAUGGCAGAGUGAAGGAAGACAAUUCAUUUUGUGGUUCCAGCUGGUUAAAAUGAAGG